AUGUCUCUGACUCCAGUAGGCAGCGUCACAGACAAUGGAAGCGGCGCGUCUAGCGGCUCCAUGGAUUUGGACAAGAAAACCAGGCAAACCCGGAGCUCUAGCAACGUCCAGCCGACCAGCAAGAAGGCCAGCAUCCUGUCCCGAGCCGCCACCUCCACCUCCCCCGCCCCACCUCCACUGCUGCCGCCCACCCCGGCCACAUCGACAGCCGUGGUCACGGAGGCCAUCCUGUCCCACCUGGGGCAGGCCACUCUCCCAGGGGCCACAACACUGACCAUCACAGAACAGCCCGUGGAGCAGAACGUAAUAAAUGUCUCACAAGGGCAGCUAGUACAGAUAGAAACCCUCCCCCCUCCCCCGCCCCUAGUUCAUGGGCCCUUAACCUCGGACAGUCAGCCCAGCGUCCAGCAUCAGCUAGUGACCAUCCAUCACCAUGACGGACAGAACCAGAGGACCCAGUCAUCCUCGGCGCCUCCUGCUCUGGUCACGGGUCCAGAACAGGAGGUCAAAGGUGGUCAGAUUAGAGACCGCAGAUCCACACGUUCUCUGGAAGCUUUGUUUAAGGUGACUGAUUCAGAGCUACAGAACAUGAGAGAGGACACGCCCACACACCAAGCCCCAGUCACCAUAGCCGUAGAUCACACACAGAAUUUCAUUGUCCUUAAGGAUGUUCAACUGGUUGACCAGGACGAGGGCACGCAGCUCAUCAUCGCACCCUCAAACAUCUCGUACGACGGGGCAAGUGACGAAGGCUUCUACACCAUCUCCACCAUACCCAGCUCCACCAGCGAGCAAGCCUCGUUUACUUUUACACACGCUAACGAAGACUCUGCGGAAGGGAUUAAACUAGUCUUGAAAAACGCUGCCCAUUCUGAUGUCCAGGAUUAUCAGACGAUUACCACCCAGCCGCAGUCGUAUUCAGUGAUUACUGAAACUGCGGAAAAGGAAGUGUCCGUCUCGACAAAACCAGCAGCAUCAACGCCAGGCAGGAAGAGCAUACACCCACAAAAACCUGGCAAGUAUCAGUGCAAGUAUUGCGACCGAACGUGCGCCAAGCCAAGCGUGCUGGAGAAACACAUCAGGGCGCACACAAACGAGAGACCAUUCCCCUGUGUUGUAUGCGGCGUCUCAUUCAAAACAAAAAGCAACUUGUCUAAACAUUGUAAAUCCAUCGCCCAUGGGUCGAGGACCGGUUUAUCAUUGUCUGGAGCAAAAGAUAGCAGUAUGGAGUCAAGUAAAGAAGAGGAAGUCAAGAGUGAUGACAAUGACUCUGAAGGGACUGACACUGACGUUGAAGGGGCCACAAUUAUUGACCAUGACGAUGAAAGCAAUGGGGAAAACCCAAAGGUUAUAGUUGAGAACACGGAGAGUGCGAAUGCUGAGGUGGACUUACAUAACCGCACCGAGCAUCACCGGCCUGAUCAAAUGGUCCGACAAGAAAGUGUGUUGGAGGGUAUUCGGCAAAAAAUUGACAAAAACAAGCGCCAACAAUUACUGCAACAAGAGAGUGAAGGCAAGCGAGAGCUCAGUAACUGGUUCUCUAGGGUUUUUUGUGCGUUUGAUAAGCCAUCUGACUCUGAACUGGCGAAAUACGAUGUAGCUGAGUCAGUUGUUCGGCCAAAUAUUCUCACCACGGAUAAUAUUAGCAACGGUGAAGAAAUACUUAGCGGACUUCAAGAAUUGAAGAAAAAAUAUAGCCAGCUUUAUCCUAGUAGUCUCCCUGUUCUAAUGACGCACCAUUUUCAAACGGAUAAUGAAAUGCUUGUGAAGAUUCUGGUACCGAAAGCGGAAUAUGUUUCAGAUAAGUUAAAGUUUGGGUUAAACACCACGACUGUGGCCGGCCAACAGUUGAUGAGUGAUACAAACUGCAGUGGGUGUGUGAUGAGCUUGUCCCCCAACCUGUCCCACCCCUCCCCCAGCCUCGUGAGCACCCCAGUGUUACAAUCAAAAUUAAGUUUUAAAGAACAUUCCGAGUUGGAGGCCAAGUACAGGUCUCAGCUGGCGUCACAUUCCAGCGACCACUCGGCAGACCGUCUUUCAUUUGACUCGCCAUCUCGACCAAAGCUUCUGUCUCACCGUAGUGAUAUCUCCGCCAGCAGCAUGAGGUCUAUUUUCAGCCAGUCCAGCACCGUCAGCAGCCUGUCGUCUGUUGAUGAAUCCUCCACCAGAGGAUCCAGACAGUUUUCACUGGAAGGGGAGGGAACUAAAUUAGCAGUUCCGGCAUCAACUCGGCAUCCGGCGCUUGGUGAUUCCAAGACAGCAGCAUUUUCAACCAUUUGUCCUCAGAAUGAGAAGCCCACACUGGUGUAUCAGCAUGCUUUAGAUUCUGACAGUGAUAAAAUGUUAAAAUACCAAGGUCGUUCCCUCUCAUCUUCUGUCACACCUGACAUGCUCAAAGACAGAAUUGAAAAUAUCAUAUCAUCCAACGCAGAAAUUAUUGACAAACACACGGUAACCGAUCCCCCCAGACCACGGAAUAAAUAUCUCCGCCAGACGAGUGAUUCUAGUUUUCAGACUUUGAAAAUGUCAGACUUUAAACCGUCCAGUGAGACGUCUAUGGAUAGACUGACAGUCGAGCCUAACACUGACAAACAGUGGAAGAAAAAACUGGCAGCGUCGUUGUCUCUUGGAGAUUCUGAUGGAGGGAAGUUAAAACCCGACUUUGUCAAAAGAUCCAUGUCUACUUCUGCCUUGAAAAAAGCAGAGUCCAUCGCUGAGGGUAACAACCAGCCUACGCUGAUAGUGACCACGGGCAGUACCAAUAACCUACAUCUGGCCAACGUCAUCCAAACCAUCUCCGCCCCGCAGUAUGGAGAGGUGGUGGUCCUCCACCCGGACCAGCAGUACCAGCAAAUCCAACUGCAUCAAGCAGGUUCAGAUCCAUCCCAGACACACAAAUCCUCCCAGGAGUCCUCUGCGGAGAACACCAAUACCUUAGUCUCCCAGUCCUUUCCUGUUAAUUUCAUCAGUAAGAGCGCGUCAGGUGUGGGUUCCUUGACUCAGUUUCAGACUCAAAUGUUCAGUUCUGUGCCCAUUGAUGCCUUAAACAACAUACAAGUUCCAUUGAGCAAUGCUCAGCUCAUUUGUGUGCCUGUGACCUCUCUAUCUAAACAAUCUUUGCCUGGUGAUCAAAAAACUAAACCUGACGAUUAUGAGAAUUUGAUGAAAAAGUCAGCGCCUCAAAGUCUUGGGACUGUCUAUAAACAUAUGUCAAUUCCAGAAGUCCGAUCAGGUCCGCCGCUGUUAUCAGAAACACCAAAAUCUUUUUCUGUCUCUUCAAGUCUGGGCAGCGGGACCCUGUCUGGCACUAGAUUGACCGUACAGGACAGUCAAGGAAACACAGGCCUGAUGCCUGCUGUAUCAGCAGGUCAAGCUGUUGCCUCUCUCCCGACUAAAAUAGUCCCAGGUCCAGGUCCGCAUGAGAUCCAGAUCCAGAUCAAACUGCCUAAAAAUGCCAGCCACCAGUCGUUAUCUCACAUCCAGCAGGCUGCGGUAACACUUCCAGUGACAAAAACCAGCACCGAGACACCACAGAGCAUCAUCAGUUCAAUGCUGCAAGCACCGCGUCAACCCAGCCCGAUGAUUGGUCAGCCGAGCGUACAGUUCCCCAAAGCUGGGUCGCCCUUGUUAACAUCAAAAUCAUUUUCUGACUCUUCCACAGUGAACAAGCUCACCACUACCCCUCUGCUGCAGACUGGGUCUCUGGAUCUGACCAACCCAGACGCCAGCGGUGCUGGCAGAUUUAAGAUCGGCACUUCUGGUAGUUUGCAUGAUCAGAAGAAAUCAAUGAGUAGGCAAGGUGUCACAUCAACCCCAGCCCAGGCUAAACAAGCUUCUUUUAUGACUGAGCUGCAGCAUAGGUUAUCAGUUCCUCAGAGUGAUGCCCAAUUAGAUUGGAAGAAAAAAGGUGGCAUUUUAGGGCGUACGGAUAAUGACAAUCUGGCUAUUUUAACCACGGAGCACUUUAAAAGUCAAGGUUUGUCAGAUGGGUUGGCUGCGGCCGCUGGGGCGUAUGUCAUGAAUGGUCCCUUUCCUUGUGAUGAUUGUAACGAAGUCUUCACCCAGUACAGCUUGCUAACACAACACAAGGCACAGGCUUGUCCCAAAACUAAAGGCCUGCGUCGGAGUUUGUCCGCCAUGGAGCCCAGCCUCAGCCAAACUGGGGACCAGCAUGAGACCAAAUCCCCCAGUGAGCUGGAGCCAUCCAGUGGUUUACUGAUUGUCAGAGACCCACAUCUGUUGAAGAAAGCCAACCCGGCGCUGUUUAAAUCCCUCUCCACCACGGACCUACAGACUGGUCAGCUGGCGAACAAGGAUCUCCCCAAGUUAAGGGAACAGCUCAUUCUGGCAUCCUCAGCCUCGCUCAUCAUGACCACAAACCAAUCUCUGUCCACGCUCUCCCCGUCUGUCUUAACCCUGGCAUCAUCUGAUAAACAGUUGAUUCAUCAACAAACCCUGGUCACUGAAAACACAAGUCCUCUAAUGCCCAGGAAGAAAGGGAGACCCAAAGGUUCAAAAAAUAGACCAAAAGAUUUAAAUUUAGUUUUAGCCAAAGCCAGAGGAGCUCAAAUAGGAUCUCAGGCCUUGUUACCAGGGAUGAGGCAUAACUCUUCUUUGGAUCUGCCGUCACAGAAAGACACCUCCCUCUCCGCUAACCAGGGCAGUCUUCUUCUAGUGCCAAGUGGACAGUACCAGAAGCUCUUGUUACCACGAUCCUUAUCCCAAAAUGUCCCCAUCACAGGGGAAGUUUCCUCUGGAGCAACAGUUCCAGUGACUUCCACAACAGCCAGCAGCAUCUCCACCAGCAGCAUGAUUGGCCAGCCCAUGGUGCCAGGCGCCGCUGGACACAAGCCAACCAGGCAACUCAGCUCUGGCAUCAGCACCACCACCAACCUCUUGACCCCGGCCACUAAGGCCGGACUCCCCAUCUUAGGACUCAGCACAGGCGUCACAUUACCUGGCUUGACCUUCGCUGGAACCAGCACCGUCUCAGUCCUAACACCUGGAACUCCCAUCAACACUCUAGCACCCAACACGCCCAUGCCAGGCACACCUAAGUCCAGCGGCUUCAUGAUAAGUUUUCCAGUGUCCUCCCUACCCACUCCGGGGACUCCGAUCACCCCAAUAACUCCGACCAUUCCUCUCACUGGUAAGACAGUCAGAACCCAGAGCUUAGACUCCAACGCCUUUGUCCCAGGACCAACAAAGCUGGCGUCUGGCUCAGGCCUGACGCUGAACAUAACCUCAGCCCAGUCUGUCAACAGCGCCCAGUUUGCACAGACCUCCCCUCGUGUUAUACCCUACAUUCCAGCCGUCACAUUCCACAACGUCGACCCCAACAUGAAGCUGUCAAUAUCCAGCCCCAUGCCUGACCAAAAAUCUCAGCCCCAGUUCCGGCUCUCCCAGCCACCGCAGUUAACCCUGUCCUUAACCGCUCCAAGCACACCUGGGACUCCAUUGACCCCCGCCACGCCCGACACCCCAGCGGAUUUGAGUGGCACUCGCAGGAAGCUAAAAGACAAGCUCCUGCUAAAGCAGUCUCUGAGCGUUGAGAGAGGCCAAGACAGAAGCCAAGAGAAAUCCAUGUCUGUUGAUCCACCUCUCUCCGGAUUCCUGCUCAAGGCUCAUGGAGAAUCCCCAUCCAUCAUCCACCAACAGCCGACUCUCUUUCCUCCGGCAUCCAAGCCCCAUCUCCCGGCAUCAAACAACUCCGUCUUGCUGGCGUCUCUAACCAAACCUGUGGUGUCAUCUCAGAAGCUGGGCAGCCUGCCCAACGCCGUCAUCACCUCAGCCGUUAUGGGCAAGCAUAAGGAACCAGAGAAAGCUCCAGAAGCUUUCUUCAGAUCUGAAUCUGAAACACUGGUCAAUGUGGAAACUGUGAAAAUUCACCCUCCGGUCAUGAGAGCUUUCUCAGAACCAUCCGCGGCGGUGCGGAUUAAAAAACCCAAACAACACAAACCAUCACCGUUAAGUAUUGAAGAGAAAGAUAGCGCCAGUGGGUCUAGAAUGAUCUCCAAAAUGUUGUCCAGCUCUAAAUCUGUUUCCAGCCUUGGCCCAGAAGAGAUGAAAAAGUCUUGGGUGAUGCAGACAAAAAGUGAAAGCAUGUCAGAGUCUUUUGAUUCCGGACUCAGCGUGCGCAGCAUGUCCCAGGAGACGCCAUUCUUUUUCCCCAAAUCUGCCUCCAUUGCGAGUCUGGACAGCAAUGAGCUGUUGAUAGACCUGUCUGGGGACAACUUCAACAACGUGACGAUCCCGAUCAACUAUGCCAUUCCUUUUGUCAGCGUCAACAGGUUAGAGAGUGGACCCUUGUUGUCGGAGUGGAACCAUGGCAGCAAGCUUACCGGGUCUUUGGUUAAUCUAUCACCCUUGACACUAGCUGGGUCAAAGAUUAUUUUACCAGCUGUAGGUGGCACGGCUAUGCUUCAGAGAGAGGCUAAAAACUGGUUGCUCAAACGGUCCAUUUCCUUACAUCGUCACUUCCAGAUCUUGUCACGGCUGUGGCACUCGUCAUCCCCUGUGACAUUAGACUCAAUGACUGCCAUGGCGUUAGCGCAGGGCAACCCCAACCCUACACUGUUGGGGAGGACCUUGUUAUCCUACUCAUCUUCUUCUUCAUCGUUCUCGGAGACCCCCAGCACCGGAACACCAGGAAGUGCUGACCCAGCUAAACUAAAGAGCCCACCCAGCUACCCCCUGCCCCAGGAUUCCAAGGAUGACCUCCCUCCAGCCACGCCCAGCACCACGGAGAGGUCAGACAGUGUGACGUCAGACAAAAGUCUGUCCACACCUCCAGUGCAUCUUGACAAACCAUCGCUAGCUUCACCAGCUCAACUCCGAGCCAGACUCCUCUCCUCCCCCAGCAAAGGCAGCCAGGAUACCUCAACAGAGGAGCCGCAUGCUACCUCACGGCCACUCUUCACGCCUGUCAAAUCCGCUGCCGCUGCAUUUGGAAUCAGCCUCUCCACCCCUUCAACCCUCCUCUCCUCCGUGGAACAACACCUCAGCAACGUCACCCCCUCCGGCACCCUCAACACCCCCAUGUACGGCCACUCCUGCCCCACACUCUACACCACCACCCACGUAACCUUCUGCUGCAUACAGCGCCCCCAGCCCAUGUACGUGGCUGUCAAGGGAAGUAAGAAGAUCUCCAUGUACUCAAACUGGCGUCUGGCAACCCACAACCCUAACCCUGUAGGGUUGACCUCACGCAUGCUGCUAGCUUUAUACAAAUCCAGCCCCAGGAGUGGCUCCAACCCAGUGUUUGCCCAGUGCUCCAUGACGCCCAGCAAUGGGGGCAACCAAACACACAGCUCAUACUGGACCUACCAGAAGAAGAAGAUGGGGAUGGUCAAGAAAGAGUUGUCUGCACAUGUGAAGAGUGAAGACUCCAAGUCCGGCAUCAAGCUAGAACAAAGCUCCUCUAAGGAAAGUAAACGUCACAAGCUGCGCCUCACCAAAGGGGGCUUCAAGAGUGAUGAGAACUAUGAGUACAUCCGCGGCCGGGGGUGGGGCAAGUACAUCUGUGAACUGUGUGGCAUCCGCUGUAAGAAGCCCAGCAUGUUGAAGAAACAUCUUCGGACACACACUGACCUUCGACCCUAUCACUGUCGACACUGCCAUUUCUCUUUUAAAACUAAAGGGAACUUGACCAAGCAUAUGAAAUCUAAGUCUCACCAGAAGAAAUGCUACGAGCUGGGCAUCAUCCCAGUCCCCACCUCCGUGGACGAGUCUCAGAUAGACUCCGCAGCCCUAGAGGAACAGUGCCGCAUCUCCAGAGAGGCUCACAUCCAUGACUCAGCAGACAGGCAGAACCAUUCAGGGGAGGAGGAUGAUGAUGACGCUGAGGGUGAUGAUGAUGAUGAUGACGAGGAUGAUGAGGAGGAUGAGGGCAUGUCCCGGGAUGAUAUGGAGGACCAGUCGUUUGACCAGGAGAAGUCUGGCUCCAGUUCUCCUCGUGUUCUCAAGAGACAAUCAUCUGUUGAUGAGGCUUCACCUGUGUUUUCAUUUGGCCAUGGCCAAAGGCCAAGGCAAUCCCUGGGUCAACUUGGAGCAAAGUCAAGAAACAGAGAAUUUUCUGAAUCUUCUAAUGUGUCAUAUUCAUCUCAGUCUUCAAUGGAGAAUAGGGCCAUGAGCCCCCACAACAUUGACACUGAGAUAGCCAGGAGCCUGCUGGACCUGUCCCAACCCAGAAGGUCUGAGUCUAAAGAGAUUGUGGAUGAAGAUGCUAGAAGACACGCACUGAGCAACCUACAGAGUCUGAUCUCACAGCUGAUGGCUCAGAAAAAACCUUUGUCUGGUCUGAACCUCAGUGGAGAUAACCCAACUUUUAAAAGCUCUCAAGAACAGAGUAGCAGGCCCUUGUCUCCUACACCUGGGACUUCCCAUGAUGAAAUGAGAGGUCAGUCCAGUGAUUUGACUCACCUGUUGACCAGGCAUGAAGAUCAACGACCAGAAACUUCUGGCGCCAGAUUCUUCCCACACAGGAAGUCUGGCAGUGAAGAACGGGACCAGCCACACAAGCGCAUGUCUGAGCUGUACGUGUUCACAGAGGACAAGGGGGACAGGAGGGGGGAGGACAGCACUGACCCCCACCCCUGCAGGGAUCAGGACCCAUCAGACAGGAGAAUGCUACAGCCAUCUGAAUCUAGCUUGUCGCCAUCCAAGGCUUCAGUGUCACCGUCUCUGGCUUCUAGACCCAACCAGCUCUCCUUGCUGAAAUCCCCAGCAUCGCCAUCAAAACUCCAUCUUUCCAACCUCCCAAGUCCAUCCCUCGUCUCUUUCCUCCCAGCUUACGUCUCAUCCCGCUACGCUCAGCGAGGACGAAUGUCAAAGCUUCCUGAUCAAGGACCAAUCAUUGGUCAGUUUGUCAGAAAGGAGAACCAAUCAGUGAACACGCCGAAUGUAGCAUUCACGCCAAAUUUAGUCUUAGCCGGCCAAUCCCAGCCUUUUCAGUUCAACAUUCCAUUCCCUGGCGCCAAUCUUAGUACCUCAAGCUCUUUUGACAAUGACGGGCAGAUAACCCCCUCCUCAGUGGUCACCACAGGUAAAAGCUUCGUCCCCACUAUUCCUAUAGUCACCAUAACAGACACGUCAUGCGACAGUCCCACUGUCGAGUCCUACGAUGUCUACACGCCACGCUCCACACCAGCGUCACCUAAAACAACGGCCGUGUCAGCGCCACCUAGAACAGACGGACAUCAAGUAUUAACUGCCACCUCAUCAGAUCUUAACAAAACUACAUCAACAAUGUCAUCCUCCCCAUUAUCCUCUGGCUCCUCUUCAAUGAAAGCUCCAGCAGUCAUUAAAGCUUCUAUCAGACCAACUCUAGAAUCUCAAGGCAGAUCAAAUUCUGAAAGCGCCACCACAUCCCCAGUCUGCAGAGACAGCGCUAUCGGAUCCCUCAUCCGAGAAAGCGCCAUGCCCAUUUUGUUAGUCACAGGCGCGGAGUACUCUGGGAAAAAUUCUGGCCUAGAAACGCAAGCGUCAAGCCCGUCUCCCCACAGCCAGAGUGACAGCUGCAUCGACGCUGUUAACUACCCUGCCGCCAAGCGCUCGCGGCGUCUCAGUUCAGGGAAAUCCAGAUUCCUGCGACGUCAAAGAUCCCUUGCGGACGACACUGCGUUCCCUGCCUCUGACAUGGACUCUGUGUUUGAUACCAACAAACCUGCGUCUAUGGCAGACAUACAGUCUUCUAAACAUACAGAACAAACAGACAACAGAGAAAACAAAAACUCUGAACUUACCAAAAGUAAAUCCUUCCAGGGCCUGUCCACUAUAGAAGAAAACAGCAUCCUCAGGAGUGAAGAAACAAAAGGCAGCAGUGAGCUGAACCGGCAACCAGGGGCGGAGGGCUCACAUACACAGACACAUACACCAGAGAAAGAUCCGGAAGUUGAGAAACCCAAAUCCAGUUCCUGUGCUUUUUGUUCGGAGUAUUUCAGUUCCUCAGAGUCGUAUUACUUGCAUCUGCGUUCCAGAAAACAUAUCGGGGUUUUGGAGUCUUUAGGGAUGUUGCCGGCAGGCACGUUUGAAAAACUGCAGCAAAGUGAGAUGCAGGAGACUCACAGGCAGAAGGAGGAGCAAGGCAAGCAAGACUCUGAGGUCAAGGUUGAGACAGAGGAGUCAAGGAAGCUGGAGGGUUCUGCUAGAGAAGAGUCAGGGAAGCUGGAUGACUCCAUUAGAGAGGAGUCAAGAAAUGCGGAUAGUUCUGGUAGAGAGGAGUCAAGAAAUGCGGAUGGUUCUGGUAGAGAGGAACAAAGAAAGGCAGAUAAUUCUUGUAGAGAGGAACAAAGAAAGGCAGAUAAUUCUUGUAGAGAGGAACAAAGAAAGGCGGAUAGUUCUGGUAGAGAGGAGUCAAGAAAGGCGGAUAGUUCUGGUAGAGAGGAACAAAGAAAGCCGGAUGAUUCCUCUAGGAUGGAAGAACAGAUGGAGCAGGUGCUGGAGACGGCUCACCUUGGUGACCUCAAGGAGGAGGUCACUCCUGCUGAUGUUGUGGAGCCAAUGGUGAUCACCAUGACAAUAGAUCCUUUGUACAGGAGAUCUUACAGUCUACAAGACAGCAUCCAGCACACAGGUGCUGCUAGUGCCAUCAGGUUCCAGAGACCGCCAUACAAACGUAAAUUUUCCCAUCAACCUGUGACUGAGAGCGCCACAGUGUUGGCCACUCCUCACCUGACUGAAAGUCUGAGACAGUCCCUGGCCAAGAGGGCCAAGUACGGCCUCACUCAGCCUGCUGUGGGCCGAGAGACUGAAAAAGAAAGUGAGGGACAUUUGGUGAUUGAUGAAAAGUUGGAGGAGAUCUCAACUUCAUCAGGGGUCGCAGUCCCAACUGGGGUCACAGUCCCAUCUGGGGUCACAGUCCCAUCAGGGGUCACAAUCUCUUCUGGGGUCACAGUCUCAACUAAGGUCUCAGUGCCAUCUGGCAUCACAGGCCAAAUUGGGAUGUCAGGACUAUCUGGGGUCACAGGUCAGUCUGGGGUCACAGGUCAAUCUGGAAUCUCUGCCACAUCUGGCAUCAGUCAGUCUGGGAUCUCUAGCACCCUUAGAGCCUCAGUCCCCUCCUCAGUCCCCACCUCAGUCCCCUCCUCAGUCCCCACCUCAGCCUCCCCACACUCAGAAAUCGCUAAAGGCAUCUCAGACCUCCUGAAGCCUAUCUCCACUGUUGUGAGUCUGCUGAACACUAAACCAGCAGAAGAGCUGACAGUUCCAGCCAAGGACACCCCACCUGCAGUGUCCAGAGGCUUCAGCAUGCCCAGCUACAUAGACCCACCGGACUACAAGACCUCUGGCAUGGUCUCGCAGACAAGUCUGGACAUGAGCGCCACCAUGGCGGCAAGGCAGUCUGACGAAGGGGUGGGGAGCCAGCAGAGGCCCGCCACGACGUCCACCUCAUCUUUUUCUUCCAAGCUGGUUGAUGGUGCCGUGCUCCACCCUUGUAUGCUGUGUGAGCUCACCUUCACCAACGUCAAUCUGUUGAAGGCUCACCUAGUGAACCAUGCGGAGCUCCGCCCUCAUGUGUGUGAGUACUGUGAUGCUGGCUUUACCAACUCCCAGUCUUUGAGGAUUCACCUGUUGACUCAUGGUCAGGAAAGGCCGUACAUAUGUGGCAACUGUGGGGAUACGUUUGCUCUGCAGGCGGAUCUCCAGAGCCACUACUCCAGCCACUCAUCCACAUCCAUACGUCAGAACAUCCAAGCUGACUUAAAGAUGCAGUCAUCUGGACAGUCAACCGUGCAAGCGUCAAGCAGGCAGGAGUACAUCAUGACUUCCAGCCUGCAGUCAAACACUAACAUUGUCAGUCAUAACGACAAGACAUCCGUACCAACUAGCUUAUCCACUAGUUAUCCACAUGUGGAUAUAUCUAGCUCCAUGAACCAGCCAUAUCUUAUCAAUCAGCAUCUCGGUAGUGAAAAAUUGAAUUUAACCCUCGAAAACCCAGAGCCUAAAAUGCAGUAUAAGCUUCAGUUAAAUAGAGCAAACAAACAGUUUCAGGCAGGUGAGGAGUUAAGUCCUGGUCAAGCACUAGACAGGAGUUUUGUGUCGCAAGAAUUCAUGGAUAACAACAACAGGAGUUUGGGGAAGUCGGAGGAGAAAAUGGAAUACGAAGAAAGUAUACAAGGCAGUGAUAGAGUUUCUCAGUUUAGUCUAGACAGUAAAAUGUACAGCUCUGUUGAUAAAGUUCAAGGGUCAAAUGAACAGACGUCAAGCGAAAAGGUGAUGGGCUGGAACAAGGAUGACCCACAACAGUGGGGUCAGCGCCGGCUAUCACCCAAUCCUUACCAGCACGCUCAGCUUCAGGGCUUGACCAAUGUCCAGUCUAACAUUGGCCUGAACAAUAACGUCAUGAUGAUGUCGCAGGUCAUUGACCCUGGGAAUAUAAAUUUGUCUCCCAGGACAUCGAGGCUAGAAAAUGUCGAAUCCAGCAGUUCGUUUUCGUCCUCGUCAGAUUCACCCAAGUGGAACCAGUUUUCCGGUAGUUUGUUUAGUCACAGGUCAGCGUCGCAGACCGACAGUGUCCACCAUGUCUACCGGCAAGAGGAAGCGCCAGGAAAUUCCUCACAGAUGUUGACAGGGAAUAACCCACUUGUAGUGGACGAUAACGGGAAUUCUAGAGACAGACAUGAGCACAUGGAGGCUCAGAGCAGCUACGACACUAGUCACCGAGGGGAGGGGGAGGAGGGUGCCCAGGAAACACCUGACCCUCUACUCUUGCCUCAAACUUAUUAUGGGAUGUAAGAUUUUAUAGAAUAUACUUGUGUAUGCUAUGGAUGUGAGAUGGAUUUUAUAUCAAAACACUUGUAAUAUUUUUUGUUGAAAAGUUUUUUUUUUUACUCUUAAGCUGCUUAUUGUGUUAGUUAAGAACAUUUCUGAAUGACAGUUUGUCUCAACUUUUGUUAUAAAAUUGGUGAGAAAGCAAUACCAAAGCUCAACAAAAGCUUUCACAAUUUUCAACUCUCAAGAAAGAAUUAGCUGAAAAUUACAUUUACCAUAUUUUUUUGUUUCCUUAAACAUUUGUUGUACACUUUUUAUUUUUGUGUCCCCUCCUUCAUAGAUGUACCUGUUAUGUUAAAUACAAACCAUGAACAUUAAUUUAGAUUUUCUACUCAUGCUUUUAUUUUUAAUAUAUGCAGUGUUCAAAAUGUUGAUUUCAUUAAUUUAUAAUAAUUGUAAAAUGAAAAUUUAUGUAAUAACAAAUGAAUGCUUUGAAAAAAAUUUCUGGAUACAUUAUUAUUGUUAUUGAUGAUCAGUGAAUACCAUCACCAUAAACUGCCAUAAUCCCGGUUUUUAUACGUUUACUUUCCUCCAAUGUACAUGACUCUGCCAGUCUUAUGUGACAGACAAGUGUUAAACCCAUCAUUCCAUUGUCACACAGCUCCGUAGGUGAGCUCUGGUUAACAAGGAAAAGCUUGACUCAUGCAUUCAGUAUCAUUAUCUGGUCUGUGAUAUUUUAGAGAUACUUCUCAUCUUUGUGUUACUUUUUUUCCUCCUUUUUUGUUGUUAGUUUUUUUGGUGUUUUGUUUUGUACCUCAAAAUAAAUGGGCAGUAACUGUUGUGGAAAUAAUUGAAGGGAGAGCACUAGAAUGUAAGUGCCUUUCUGUUUGAAUAAAAAAUACUCUGUAUGCUAUUUUUUUAAACAUCAAAAGCAAGAAGUAUAAUUUAUAUUCUUAAUACUUUGUAAAACUUGUUGAGUUAUAUGAAAAUUCUGUCCCAUCAUUUUUUUUUCAAAAUCUGUUAUAAACUCUAUGAAGUCUAAUUUGAAGCUAAUUUCUCCUUCUAGAGUGUAAUAUAAAAGAAAGCAUCAUUCUAGUUUUGAAGAAUAUUUUGAUUUGUUAGUAUCUAUAUAUAUAAUUCUCUUCUGGGAGCCGUUAGAAAACAAGCUGCAAAGCGCGCCUUACAGUCCCCUCUCUUCCUCUCUAUCGCUACCACACCCCCCCCCCACACACCCACCCCCUCACAUGGUCUGGUGAGCUGUGGUUCACGCUGUUUACAUUUUACAAUCAUAGAGACGUGUUUGGUGACGGCUAUUAGGGGCAGAUAAUUUAGUUUGAAACGAUUUUAAACUUAGAGGAGGUAAGUAAGAGGAGGCUGCUUUCACGUGGGGAGGGGGGAAGGGGGGUUUAGUGUUUUAAGCAAAUAUUUUCAGUGGCAGCAUUGGUACUGUCGAAUUCACAAAUUAUAAAUAACUGAAAAGUAGAAAAAACAACUAAAUAGCGGCGUAUGAUACGCAGCGGGUCGGCUUGUUGAAUAUAAUAACAAUAAUAUUGUUUAAUACUAGCUGUUGUAAUGGUAGCACUAGUAUUGCAGCUAAUUUGUUGGUGAUCAGAAUGGUCAGGUGGUGAUAUUUUUUACUCCAAAAGUAUCAACAAAUUUAUAUACGAAACAAAUGGCAGUAAUUUUUGUUUAGUGUUACGGUUUUGUUAUAUAAAUAUUAAAUAGAUUAAUUUUUUAAGAUUUAAUUUUUCAACAAGAAUACAGUGUCAAAUUAUAAUGUGCUUUUUAAUAUCUACAUACAAAAUGUAGAAGCUUGUCUUGGUAAUGUAAAAUAAAAUUUUAAAAAUGUUAAUUACAUUGUGACAUUGAUCUGUGAAGUCACAAUUAUUUCAGUGUAAUUUGAUGUUUACUGGUUAUGUAAAUAUAUAAACAAAUGUAUACAGAGAUUUAGCCCAGCUGUGUACACAAGUCUUACACAAGCAGCCACAGUUAUUUUGGUUGGAGAGUCUGUAUAUACUUGUACAGUGUUGACACUAGUCCUGGCAAGUAAGGGGACAUAACUCAAAAAAUUGUAUGAUACAAGACAGAUGUCUUGACUCUUGUUAAAAUAAAGAAAAAAAAAAUGUAUUUCCAUUUUACAUUUUUGUUGUAAAUAAUCUUUUUAGUUCUUUAGACAAAUGUGCCUGUUUAAAGUAAGCCAGUUUUAUAUUUUUGCAUAUGAAUUUCAAGUUUGACUCUAAACUCGAGUAGUCUAUAGAAACUGAUGUAAUUUUAUAAUUAUUUGUCUUUCAUUUCCUCAUAACAGCCAUUCAUAAUAUUGUCCUAUUUCAUGCAGCUAUAGGCAGUUUUUAUAGACCGAUUCAAGAUAGUUUCAGACCUGCAUUGUUUUUUUUUUGUUUGAUUCAUUACCAUUGUAAGGACUCUUGUUUUGUGUACAUUGUUUUUUUUUAAAUAUUAUGGGAUAUUUGUUUGGUUGAAAUAAUUCUAUUUUAAAUGGUUUUUAAUUUAGUACUUGAAGAUCAGAAUAUAAUGUUC